UUCCAGAAUUUUACAAUAAAAGUAAAUGAUAUAGAAAAAAACAUUAAAAUAAGAGUGAUAGAUGGGACCUCACGAACGGUAUGUCUGUGUAUAACUAUGUGCAUGUGAGUACACAUGUGUUAUUUUGAUUAAUAAUAAUAUAUAUUUUCUUAUUUUUACAGAAUGGAGAUGAAAUAGCAUCAUCAUCAUCAUCGUCAGCAUCAUCAUCAGGAUUAUACAUGGUGAGACGAAUCCCUCCUAAAUGGUCGCUGACGGAGGCACAAAAUAGUAAAGAGUUAUAUAUCGAACCACGAGAGCUUCGAGUUCGUCGGGAGACAUCAUUGAUGUUUGAUGAACCGCAGAAACUACGAAUCGAAGAUCUCGAGGUAGUAGGUUUCAUAAAUAUAAAAAAAAAAAAUAAAAAUUGAAAAAGAACGAAAAAAACUACGAGAUGAACUGGACUUCUUAUGGUGCGAAUCAACUUUACAUGGAUGGUGGUUUUACU